AAUGUAAAGUGAUAGGUAUAUUUUAUAUCAACACUCAGCAAAAUUAUAACCUGCAAAAAUGAUAUUUAUUUACUGUUUUAUUCCCGAUUACUUUACUAUAAAAAUAUGUCGUGCGUUUUUUUAAAUAUAUAGCAUUCACCUCUUUGUGUCUUUGAAAUUUACCUAUUCAUAGAAUUCAAAGCUUACCCAUGUUACAUACAAAUUUCGUUGAAGUAAAAGCGAGUCAACAUUCACGUUUGAAAGCGCGAUUUCCGCAAGAGACAUGGAGAGCUGUUAGUGUUCUAUAUGCUCCAUAUUGCAUAUCACUGAGCUCACAUCCUGUGGAUAAUGACUGUAUAGUUGGCGUAUCGUGUCUUGUUCCUGACACUAGGAAAAAUGAUACAAAAUGGAGGCAUUCGUGCUGCUUUGGGCUCGCAGUCGAUUUGCUAACCUUAAUUGCAAACAAUUGGCAUGUUAAAUUUGAACUUUAUAUAGCAGAGGAUGGAGCAUUUGGGGGUGUUGAAAAUGGAACUUGGAAUGGAAUUAUUAACGAAGUAUUUUCUGACAAAGCAGAUAUCGGUAUACAGGGAAUUACACAAACUUCCCAAAGACAACAUGUGCUGGAUUUUUCUGUGGGUUUCCAGAAUUCGUAUUUUGCUAUAAUUCGACGAACUAUACCAGAAGAAAAUUUAUCCUUUAUUACAUGGAAAUUUCUAGACCCUUUGGAUAAUUUACUGCUUGUUAUGGUGGCCAUAACAGGCAUGAUUGUUCAAAUUGUGCUUUUUGUUUUUGAAAAUAUUAGUAAGACAGGAGAACGUUUUUCAUGGCGAGACGUAUUCGCGUAUACCACAGGUUUAAUAUUCCAACGGGAUAUUGGAGGACGAAACCCCAUCACCAUUCAUGGACGUCUAUCUGCCUUGACUUUUGCUGUCUGCAUGACUGUCAUAAUGUCUACAUAUACAGCACAACUGACGGCUAACAAUAUGCAUACCCCUACAUCUACUGAUUUUGCGGGAAUAAAUGAUCAAAAGAUUCUUAAUCCAACAAAAGCAUUUACAUUUGGCGUCUUAAAAAAUGCAAGAGUUGAAAGUUUCUUUCAACUUCACCCUUCCGAACAAUUCAAAAGGGUUUAUGAAUUCAUGAAGCCAUAUUCCGUUGCCAAUGGUGAGGAAGCAGUGAAAGCUAUCAUAUCUGGAAGAUUAGAUGCAUACAUCACAGAGGAGUUUUUUGCUUCAUCAAUCAUUUCUAAAGCUGAAUAUUGUUUCAAAACAACAUCAUUUAUCGAUGAACGUUACGAAAGUGAACUGGCAUUUGCUGUUCAGAAGAAUUCGCUCUUACUAAAUAAGGUAUCAUUAUCGAUUUUAAAGUUUAAAGAAAAUGGUGUAAUUAAGCAAUUGGCUGAAAAAUGGUUUUAUAGACCAGAAUGCAAGUCGUUUAACGCAGAAGAGAAAAGUUUUGCUUUGGAAUAUUUUGGUGGCUACGUUGUUGUUAUCGCAGUCUCUCUGGUCGUAUGUCUAAUCAUACUUGGUGUAGAGCAUCUUUACAGUCGUACCAAGAUACGACAAAACAUACGUCCGAAUAAAAGAUCUUAUGAUGUAAGAUUCGUAGACAAUAUUCUUCGUCAAUCCGACAAACCCGAUAUGGACUGCAAAUAGAUGUGAAAUGUUCACUUAUGAAAUAACUACAAGCAAAAUGACAAAAUAAGGAAAUUUUGAAUUUGUUAAAUGUUGGAUUAACUAACAAGAUGUUCCAAUGUACUGUGAGUAAAUAUAAACUAAUUGUAAUAUAAAAAUAUGCACGCUAAAACAUUUUGCGUUAUACUUGGUAAGCAAUAAUGUAUAAUAUUUCCAUAUUUGUUAUUUGAAAUUUGAAAACAUGAAAAACCGCCGAUGGCUAUCAGUUUCACGCUUACCCGAUUAUCACAUGCUGGAACUUACGCUUUAACUUAAGAUUUAUACAAUAAAAACAUCUGAGAAAAUCUUACAUUACCAGAAUUACAAACAGUAGAAAAGAAAAUUACUCAUCCGGAGAGACCAGUUUAUCAUGUUUCAAAACAAAUAUGAUAAUUUAAAACAAAUUUAUUCAGGCGAUCACAGUGAUGUACAGUGUAGUAUUUUGUAUUUCUAAGUUUUUAGGUUAAGUUUUUAUUCACUGCAUUACUGGGUUAUAUUACUAUGAAAUAAGAGUUGGUUUCAAGGGAGGGUC